AUGAUUCUGAAUAUACUGAAAAAGAAGCUCGAGGACGCCAAAGGGCUAUGGACCGAACUACUGCCGGAAGUACUAUGGGCAUAUCGCACCACGCCAAAAACUAGCACAGGCGAGACACCAUAUUCAUUAGUCUACGGGACGGACGCGGUCAUACCCGUCGAAUUCGGAGAGCCCAGUCUAAGAUACUCUAAUGAGAGCGGACCAAGUAAUGACGAAAGCAGGUUACAAGACCUGGAUGAAGUCGAGGAGCGAAGAGAUAUGGCUCACGUAAGAAUGGUAGCCCAAAAGCAACAAGCGGAAAGGUACUAUAACAAGAAGGCCAAAAUACGACCUCUCAAGGUCGGAGACUACGUCCUCAAAGCUAAAUCCCAGGUAGCGAAAGACCCCAAUGAAGGAAAACUAGGAGCAAAUUGGGACGGGCCACACAAAAUCACAGCCGCAACAAACAAGGGAGCAUUCCAGUUGGAGACAAUGGAAGGAAAGCUACAACAAAAUAAUUGGAACAUCGCCCACCUCAAAUACUUCCACUUCUUAAAAGAGGUGCCGUCUAAGCUCAAAGGAGACGCCUCGAGGCUCGAAGUAUUAUUCAUUACCCCGCCCGGUGACAGGAUCUCCAGGCCAAGUAAUGAAGGGACUAGGCAUAAAUAG